GGUGUGAAUGAGAGAGAGAAUGAGGCAGAGGUUAGUGAAGGUAAACUGGUGAAGGAGAAUAAGGAGGGGAGGUUCCUGGUUAGUCCACUGGUAUGUGACAUCAGCAGCUUGUUGGAUUGUCUUGCUGUGUCCUGUUUAAUCCUAAUUCAUUAAGGAACUGAGAGCAAGUGCAUAUACAAGUCCUGCGGGGGAAAAGAGGGAAAGUGGCUUGAGAGGGAAGCAACAAAAAAAAUUCAAGGGAAAUAAGGGUAACUUCACAGCUCGACAGGGGAAGAAGGAAAUCAAUUGUUUUUGUUUUUGACUCUCUGUCUUGUGCCUAAUUUCCCUCAUCACCAUUUUACUUACUUGUCUAAACUUCUUUGCUUGCUGUCUUUUAGCGUGCAGCCUGCUCAAGCAUGCCAACUAACGGCAUUAACAGGGCUCUGAAGCUGCAGUUUGGCCUGAUUAACCAUGAGAACCGCUACCUGACAGCAGAGGCCUUCGGUUUCAAAGUCAACGCUUCAGGCAUCAGUCUGAAGAAGAAACAAAUUUGGACCUUGGAACAAGAAGAGCAAGAUGGUCAAGUGGUCUUCCUGCGCAGUCACCUGGGACGCUAUCUGGCUUCUGACAAUGAUGGAAAGAUCAUUUGCGGGGCAGAGAAGCCUGACUCUGAAUGUCGAUUUCUUAUUGUGCCCCAGUUUGAUGGUCGCUGGGCACUGCAAUCGGAACCUUACCUGCGAUACUUUGGAGGCUCAGCAGACUAUCUGUCCUGCUUUGCCCAGACCAUCGGGGAACAGGAGCUAUGGGCUGUUCAUUUAGCUUUACACCCACAAGCCAGCCUGCUCAGUGUGGCACGUAAGCGCUAUGCACACCUGUCUGCCUCAGAUGGAGAGAUCUCAGUGGAUAGCAACAUCCCCUGGGGGGGGGACUCUUUGGUCACUUUGGUUUACCAAGACGGCAAGUACAGCCUGAAAACCUGUGACAGCCGAUUUCUAAGCAAUGAUGGCAAACUGGUGAAGGUAAACAACAACACAACCACCUUCACAUUGGAGCUGAAGUCGGGUAAACUGGCCUUUAAGGAUUGCGAUGGGAAAUAUUUGACCCCAGUGGGCCCCACUGGAACACUGCGUUCCGGACGGUGCACCAAGCCAGGAAAAGAUGAGCUCUUUGAUCUGGAGGAGAAUCAUCCACAAGUAGUGUUUCAAGCCGCCAAUAAAAGAUUUGUUUCAGUCAAGCAAGGUGUAAGUAUCUCAGCCAAUCAGGAUGUGGAGACAGACAUGGAGACUUUCCAGAUGGAGAUAGACAAAGAGAGCAAGAAGUCAAUGUUCCGAACCAAUGGAGGAUCCUUCUGGACUUUAGUGACACAUGGAGAAAUCCAGUCCACAGCUACAGACAUGGAGGUAAACGCAAUGUUUGACAUUGAGUGGCGGGGGCGGCGAGUAGCACUCAAGGCAAGUAAUGGGAAGUAUGUGAGCACGAAGAAGAAUGGGCAGCUGUCAGCGGUCAGUGAAACCGUGGAUGAUGAUGAAUUGUUCCUGAUGAAACUCAUCAACCGCCCUAUGCUGAUUCUUCGUGGAGAAAAUGGCUUUGUGUGUCACCACAAGAACUCCAACACUCUGGAUGCCAAUCGAUCUGUCUAUGACAUCUUCUCUGUGACCUUCAACAAUGGAGCCUACAAUAUAAAAAGUGCAAAUGGAAAGUUCUGGUAUAUAUCAAGCAGUGGCCUUGUGUACUCAGAUGGAGAAAGAUCAGAAGACUUCUUUCUUGAGUUCCCAGAACAUGGCCGAAUCGCUAUCAAGGGCUCUAAUGGCAAGUACCUUCGUGGAGACCAGGGAGGCAUGCUGAUGUGUGAUGGUGUGUCUGUUGAUGUGUCUUCCCUCUGGGAGUACUGA